AUGCGAUCCUUACUCACGUUUGUCACACAAGAGCUUGUCAGAAGAGAAGCGAUACCAGAAGAUCACCCCAUCUUGGAUCCUCAGGAGAUCUUUGACGCUGCUGUUGGAACCAGCACCGGCGGGUUGAUUGUGCUGAUGCUUGUCAAAUUGGAUAUGACCGUGGACGAAUGCAUUCGACAGUAUAAGGUCUUGUCGGGAGAGAUCUUCUCGAAAUACCGCUCGUUGUUGAGGAGAGUAUUCGGUUCAGAUUGGUCGAAAUUCUCAGGCAACAGACUCCAAGGAGCUGUGGAAAAGCUUCUGAUAUCCAGAGGUCAUCCCCAUGACCUCAAAUUACGCGGCAGCGUUCAGCGGAACCAAAUGCAUGGGACCGUCGUCUGCCACGAGAAGCUACGGGCACAUCAGAUGUUUCUGUGCACACAUGAGUGUACAGGACCCUACCGGCGACAUAUGCUUGACCCUGACCUCGAGCUACGACACGCAGCCCGGGCGACGUCAGCCGCACCAUCGUAUUUCGAACCGAUGGUCAUCCAAGGAAGAUCGUUUGUCGACGGAGGGUACGGUGACACCAACAACCCAUCCUGGGCAGCCAAGAUCCACUACCACCAGAGCCAUGGCCUUCCUGCAAGGCAUCCUUUGGUUUUGAUCAACAUCGGAACCGGCACCUUACCAGAAGGCUCCGACGAAGUCCGCCUUCGCAAGCGGCCCUGGUGGACCAAGCUGUUGCCAAACAGUCUAGUGGAGGCCCUCGGGCUGCUGUCUGAUCUUGCCAAGAUGGCAACUGAGUCCGAACAGCGGGCGGCCGACUUGUCCUAUAUCGCCGCGCUUGCCCCUGAGAAGCUGUUUUUCGAAAGGUUCAGUGCCGAUACAGGAAUGCACAGCAUCACUCUGGACAAGUGGCAGGCGGUCGUAGACAAGCAUGGCCCAAGCGAAAUUGAGGUGAAGACGGAAAAUUACCUUGCGAAACCCGAAGUCCUCAUGCGGCUGAGAACGACAGCGGAAAAACUGGCGGAUGUUUACAUCCUGCGCAACACCGAGCCGCGAAUUUCUCUUCCUCUCCCACUCGAGUUAUCUUUGGGGCCCGAACCACCAUGCUGGAACCAAGCAAGGUGGACACCUGACACGACGGCUUCCCAUUUGUAUGUCGAAAGGCUACCCAGCCUCGCUUCAGGGACCGAAUCGAUCCCAUCAUCAACUCCUUCCCUUCCGGCGACUCCAGAUCCGUGUCACAGACCGAUGCUAUUUGCAGAGGUCGUUGGAAAGGCGCAAGACAUCCUUCGAGUGGAAGGCCAGUUGUUGGAGAUAUCUGCAACCAGGGCUAGGCGCGUGUCCACCCGUUGA